GUUCCGAAACAAAAUUAGAAAGUUAGAGCAGAAGGUGAAAGACAGACAUACUAACGCUUACUUUAGCACACCGAAACAAUGUCAUCAAGUCGUAAUCUCGUGGUCCACAUUGCCAUAAUCGUUUUUGUGUUCCAUGGCAUAACGUCUGGUGAUCAUGUCAAAAAGUGGCUUCGAUUACCUAAUGUGAUAGCAUCCCCACAUAUAAAGAACCAGUCCCUAACGGUCUGUACCGGAAAGAAUUAUGUUUCGCUCAGUACUGAAGCAUCACCAAGACAUGUCAAAUGUGGUUUGCCGUUUUCAUUAUACAUACACAUGAUUCCAACGACUGACAUCGUUUACCUACAAUGUAAAGGAUUUAUGAAAUGGAACGGAAUCGUCAGGCUUUCAAAAUUUUGGGGAGGAUUUUGCGAAAGCAAAUGUCUAGAUUGUCCGUUAAUAAAAGGAAACUCGUAUACAUUGAAGUGGGAGAACAUCAGACCGUUCUAUUGCUAUUUGGAAAGAGGACAUUACAGCUUCGCAGCCUCGUGCAGUGAUCAAAACGAUCAAGAAGUAGCAUGUGGCACAUGGAGAUUCACAUGGAAUUAGCUUCUCUGCUAUGUAUCCCGCCUACCUGACAGAUGAUGCACUAAGAUUAAUCAAGUUCAGAUGGAUUAAUUCUAUAUAAAAUAGCUAGUAUUAUUGUGUAUUAUUAGAGAAUGUAGAAUUAUAACAACAUUAAAGGCGGGAC